AUGGCAUUUGUUGACGGAGAGAUUCCGCGCCAGCCCCGAGUUCCCCAACACCGACACGAGCACAGCGCGACGACACGUGAGACUCUCCACCGUUUCUCUCGAUCUGCAACUGCAAGUGGGAUCAUUCAUACCCACUCGCCCGCUUCAGACACAUGUCUCGCACCGUACAAUAACAACUAUACUAUGCCAACCGCCCUCGUCCUCGUCUACCCCUCUGUCAAUACUCUCGACACCAACGGCCCGAUCGGCGUGCUCUUCCAGGGCGGCUUUUCCACACUCAUAGCCGCCCGUGACGAAUUCACCACCUCCCAGGAAAAUGUAACCAUCAAACGGGACUUGUCCAUCGCGGAAGCCAAGGACAGACUAACGGAGUUUGAUCUGCUUAUUGUUCCCGGGGCGCGACCGAACAAUAUCCUCCCGUACAUCUCGGCAGAUGGCCAUCUCCACGAGUUGUUAGAGUUGAUAUCUGCAUUUGCGAAACUCGGUCCCAAACGUCCCGGGCACAUGGGCGAGAGGGUUCUUUUUUCUGUUUGCAGCGGGUCGUAUCUUCUGGCGGCGACAGGAGUUCUAGAUGGACUCACAGCAACAUCACACCGGUUGGGGCUUGGAGCUUUGCGAAAGCUAUGCGACGAGUAUAAGAGUCGGACACCAGGAGCGAAAGGGACGGAGGUCGUGCCGGAGAGUCCAACGGGCACUGUAUACUAUGUCGAUGCCGGGAUGAACGAGUCGCAGGUGCGUAUUGUCACGUCCGGGACCAUCACCACCGGCAUCGAUGCGGCCUUGUACAUUAUUUCGCUGCGGUCGGGGAGACCGGCCGCGGAGGAGGUGGCGUCAUUUAUAGGGUAUUCAUGGCGGGAGAUGUGA